CCGGCCCCGGCGCGGCGAUGCUGCUGGACGCCGGCCCGCAGUUCCCGGCCCUCGGCGUGGGCAGCUUCGCGCGGCACCACCACCCGGCCGCGGCCGAGAUGCAGGAGCGGGAGCUGAGCCUGGCGGCGCAGAACAGCUUCGUGGACUCGGCGGCGGCCGCCGCGCACAUGGGCGCCUUCAAGCUCAACGCGGGCGCGCACGACCUGUCGCCGGGGCAGAGCUCGGCGUUCACGUCGCAGGCGCCCGGCUACCCCGCGGCCGCGCUGGGGCCGCACGCCGCGCACGUCGGCUCCUACUCCGGGGCGCCCUUCAACUCGCCGCGGGACUUCUUGUUCCGCAGCCGCGGCUUCGGCGACGCGUCGCCGGCCGGCGGGCAGCACGGGCUCUUCGGCGCGGCGGCGGGCGGCCUGCACCACCCGCACUCGGAGGCGCAGGGCCACCUGCUCUUCCCGGGCAUCCACGAGCAGCACGGCCCGCACGCCUCGCAAAACGUCCUCAACGGGCAGAUGCGGCUCGGGCUGCCCGGCGAGGUGUUCGCCCGCUCGGAGCAGUACCGGCAGGUCUCCAGCCCCAGGACUGACCCCUACGCGGCGGCCCAGCUGCACAACCAGUACGGCCCCAUGAAUAUGAACAUGGGCAUGAACAUGGCAGCCCACCACCACCACCACCCCGGUGCCUUUUUCCGCUACAUGCGGCAGCAGUGCAUCAAGCAGGAGCUCAUCUGCAAGUGGAUCGACCCCGAGCAGCUGAACAACCCCAAAAAAAGUUGCAAUAAAACUUUCAGCACCAUGCACGAGCUGGUCACCCACGUCUCGGUGGAGCACGUUGGGGGGCCCGAGCAGAGCAACCACGUCUGCUACUGGGAGGAGUGUCCCCGCGAAGGCAAGCCCUUCAAGGCGAAAUACAAACUGGUCAACCACAUCCGCGUGCACACGGGAGAGAAGCCCUUCCCCUGCCCCUUCCCCGGCUGCGGGAAAGUUUUCGCCCGGUCGGAAAACCUCAAGAUCCACAAAAGGACGCACACAGGGGAGAAGCCCUUCCAGUGCGAGUUCGAGGGCUGCGACCGGCGCUUCGCCAACAGCAGCGACCGCAAGAAGCACAUGCACGUCCACACCUCGGACAAGCCCUACUUGUGCAAGAUGUGCGACAAGUCCUACACGCACCCCAGCUCGCUGCGCAAGCACAUGAAGGUGCACGAGUCGUCCCCGCAAGGCUCCGAGUCGUCCCCGGCCGCCAGCUCCGGCUACGAGUCCUCCACGCCGCCGGGGCUGGUGUCGCCCAGCGCCGAGCCGCAGAGCUCCAGCACCCUCUCGCCGGCGGCGGCGGCGGCGGCGGCGGCAGCGGCGGCGGCGGCGGCGGCCGUGUCCGCCGUGCACCGGGGCGGCGGCGGCGGCGGCGGCGGCAGCGGCGGCGGCAGCGGCGGCGGCGGCGGCCACAGCGGCCUCUCCUCCAACUUCAACGAGUGGUACGUGUAGGGCCGCCGCACCGCUCCGCACGGCCCCGCGCCGCGCCGUCCCGCCGCCGAGCCGCGGGAGGAGGAGGAGGAGGAGGAGGAAGGAGGAGGGAGCGAGGCGCGCCGCCGGCCGCGCCUGCUCGCCGGAGCGCAGCGGUGGCGAAGCAGGACGGGGCCGAGGGGGGCUGUUUUUCCGCCCCCUGCCUCCCCCAGGUUCGGGCUCUCCUUGUUGUUGCUUUUUUUGUACUAUCGUUAUCAUUAUUUUUGGAAACGUUUUUAACUGGCAAGAAAACACGCUUCUUUUCUACAAAAGUACCUGCUGAAAAAUAAUAAUAAAAAAAAAGAACAAGUCGAUAAACAGCGGAACGGCAAGGAGGAAAACAACCCGACCAAAAAAAAAAAAAAAAACCCACAGAAAAGAACAGAAAACCCACCCCGCACCCAGCAGCCAACAGCUCCUCGAGCCGGCGGAAAGCGACUCUCCCUCCAGAGCCUCCAGACAAAAGAUCAGAGACUCAGACUCCUGCGGCCCCUGCGCCUCCCCGCCCGGAGCAGCCCGCGCCCCCCGGCCCCGCGGACUGUGUACAUAGCGGAGCCCCCCGGCCUCCGCCGAGGUGGGCAGCCAGGUUGUGUCGGGGUCUUGGUGUAUAGAAGUUCGUCCCGUUUGUAAGCUGCGGAUUGCUCCCCUUCUUCUUUUCAUUUUUUUCUUUCUUUUUUUCCCUCUUCCUCCCUCCCCGAAAAAGUGAUGGACUUUUUUUUAUCCUCUUCCUCCCCCACCGUCCCUCUCCCUUCCUUUUUUUUUUUUUUUUAGUUCGCCCCUUAAGGAAAAGUAACGUGGAAGAAAAAAAAUGGUUUCUUUUGUAAUUGUGAUAUAUUGAAUAUUGUGUUCCUUUUUAAGAGGCAACUUGAUUGUAAACUGCAUUUCAACUAUAGACUGGGAAGAAAUACCGUGCCAAAGUCUCCAUUCUGUUACUCACACACACACAUCCCCCAACAACGCUUGUGAAUGUAUUUUUUCUGUUAGCUGGGUUUACAUGUGAUGUUUUAGUGCUUUUGCAAGUUCAAUUUGUUAGUUCCUGUUCGGAAGAUUGUGAGGAAAAAUAAACGUCGUGCCGUUAGCUUUUUCCGUAAUAACACCCUUCCUCCUGUAAAUACCUGUUACCAUAUUUAUCCAUUUGUAAUUAAAUUAUGGUAUUAACUUGCUACAGAGGAAACAGUAUUUAUAAAGAAUGUUUCUUAACUAUAAAUAUGUACAAUUGUGAGCAUAAACUGUUUCAGAUUUUUUAUUUGAAGGUUUAAGUGGUUUCAUCAUUUCUUGUGAUAUGUUUUGAGAGUAAUGCAUACAGAAAUAUAAUAAAACGUGUCGAAACUGCA